UUUCCCCUCUCUCCACUCCAUUCCACCACCCAUGCUGGCUAAUCCCUGGAUCCUUUGAGUAGGACCAUGAUUUGUGGGACGGUGUUGCCAGGGGGAAGGUGGUAGCGGUGGUGGCGGCGCUCGGAUCCUGUUGGAAAUGACAGCUGAGGAAGGCGGAUUGGAGCUCGGGGACCAGAAAAGCAGCAGAGGCAGGAGAUAGCGAAGAAAGUGCCGCACUUCGCCGUUUUCAAAGGGGUUGCUGAGAUGGAGUCGCUGAUGAACGCAGUGACGCCGCGCUCGCCGGCCCCCGUUAGGAAGCUGUCCGAGGUGGACUUCCGCUCAGGGGCCACAUUGGAGCAGCUGUCGGCCCAGGUGUCAGAGCUGGUGCUGCUGGAGCAGGGGGAGUUUGGAGACCAGACCGCCUUAGAGGUCCACACUGCCAAGGACUUCAUCUUCAACAUGCUCGGUUUAGUCCAGAAGGUGGACCAGCGCCUCCCGGUGGCCAACGAGUACCUGCUGCUGUCCGGCGGCGCCCGGGAAGGCGUCCUGGACCUGAACCCGGAGGACCUGGGCGAGUACGCCAAGGGGGCCGACUUCGACCUGGACUUCACCCUGCUGGUUCCCGCCCUGAAGCUGCACGACCGCAACCAGCCGGUGACCUUGGACAUGAGGCGCUCGCCGCCGUGCCACUCCUGGCUCAGCCUGCGCCUCUGCGACUCCAACGUCCUGUCGCGCUGGAGCGUCUGCUGCCAGGAGGAGAGCGGGCUCCCCGCCGAGGAAGACGAGGAGGAGGAGGAGAUGGGUAAAGGCUCCAUCCCGUCGCUGGGCUCCCCUCAGUCCCUGGACGGCUGCUACUUCUCGCCCAGCCUGGUGGCGGACUGGUUCUGGGGGGUGGUGAGCGAGGCUGUGGAGGAGCUGCGGCGCAGCCCGCAGAGAGGCAUCCCGACCCCGGAGCGGCUGGAGAGGAACGGACCGCUGACCUCCAUCAUCCUCCAGGCGGGCUCCAGCCGGGUUCUGUACGACCUGCUGCCGGUGGUGUCGUUCCGGGGCUGGCCCGCCGUGGCCCAGGGCUGGCUGACGGCCAACCACUUCUGGGACGGUAAAAUCACGGAGGAGGAGGCCAUCUCCGGGUUCUACCUGCUGCCCUGCUGCUCCCCGCUGGGCGGCCGGCCCGACCGCGAGUGGAGGCUGGCCUUCUCCCGCAGCGAGGUCCAGCUCAAGAAGUGCAUCCCGUUCCCGAUGGCGCAGGCCUUCCAGGCAGCCAAGGCGGUUCUGUCCCGCAUCCUGGCCCGGCCUCGAUCCGGCCUCAGCCUCUACCACCUGCGCACGCUCCUGUUCUGGGCCUGCGACCGACUCCCAUCCGCCUACCUGUCCUGCCCCGAGCCCGAUGCCCCCGGCCGCCUCCUCCUGGGUCUGCUGGAUGACCUGGCGCACUGCAUCCUGGGUAAGAACUGCCCCAACUACUUCCUGCCGCAGUGCAACAUGCUGGAGCACCUGAGCGACGGCCAGGCGCUGCUGGUGGCCAGGAAGCUGGCCCACGUGCGUUCGGACCCCAGCGAACACCUGCGUGCCGCCCUGGACCAGGCGCAGCAGGCGGGCCAGCUGAAGAAGGAGCUGGCGGGCGGCGCCGCCAACGGACACGGUUCGCCUGGACUCCACCCGGCCAACGGCAUCAUCUCGCCGUCGGAGGACAAGCUGGCGCAGCGGCUGCAGCAGCUGGUGACAGAGAACCCUGGGAAGUCCAUCUCGGUCUUCCUGAACCCCGACGACGUGUCGCGGCCGCACUUCCGCAUCGACGACAAGUUCUACUGAGAGUCUGGAACCGGACCCUGCUGCUUCGUUAAGGCAGUAUAAAAAUACUUUUAUAGAAAUAUUUGUUAAAAUCGUCAUCAUGUUGUGACAGUUUUUGAGACAAUCAAGAUUGUUUCAGUGCAAACAAGAAACAACUAAUCAGAGCCAGGAGGCGGGUCUUAGUGCUGUCAAUCAAGCUAGUGUGCACUCUGCUACAAUACAGCUCGUCAGCAGAGCCCAUCGUGAAUGCUAAAGCUAGUUAGCAUAGCCACUGACAACUUGGCUUGUCCUAACAACAAAUUUACUUUGCGAUAACGUCUGGGGCGAUAAAUUGUCCCAGAUAUUAUUGUGAUAAAUAAUUUUGUUUUGAGAACAUUUUCAAGUAAUAGAGACAAUAACGCAAGAACACAAUCUCACACAUCAAUGAACCUUAAUGUCUAACAAAAAUUUUAACACUGGAACAGGAAGACAUUUUAAAUAUCUAAAAUAAAUAAACAAAGCAACAGAAACGAGACUUAAAAUGAAUUAUGAAGUCACUCUAAACAAAACUGUUAUUCAUUAAAAAGAAGAGGCUGGUUGAGACCAAAACACCAAACUGAAGAGAAGAACAAAAGAUCAUCCAAAUAGAAAUUAUUGACAUUGUUUUAAUUAUUUGAUUUAUUUCAACAAAUCCACCGAUGAUGUUAGAUAAAUGGUUUUCCUGUAAUGGUGAGUUGUUUUUACGCCUUUCACACAUUUAGGAGCGCAUUCAUGAUUGACAGCGCUAAGGCCCUCCUCCUGGCUCUGAUUGGCUGUUUUUGUUCUUGAGCAUUUAUUCUCUCACAGAAUAGUGACAGUUUUAACAAAUACCUGAAAAAAUUAAACAAAAGCUACACACUCCAACUUUAAGUCUUAAAACCAAAACAAAAACAUUUCCUCCUGAAAAUAGGCAUCCAGUUAAUCUGCUGUUGCCACGGCGACGGUGGUCUCCUACCGAGCUGGCCUUAAGGAGACCGAACAGCUGUAGCCUGGACGUGAAAACGCCUGUGUUGGUCGUUUUUUUUUUUUUUUUUUAUUUGUUUUGUUUAUUUUUUAAGCGAGAACCAGAGACUGUGUGUUCAUAUCUGCCUUAGAGGGUCCGAACACGGCGAACCCUCCACAGAACCCUCCUGACCCGCUCCGUUUCGUUUCACAUCGCAGCGGCCGACGGAUGAGUCAGAAGAAAACGAGCUGAUGAAACAGACUGUAACUGCAAAGUCUGCGAGAAAAGAGUCUCUCUCUUUUUUCUUUUUUUUAAAUUUUUUUUUACUACUUUUCUGUUAUUUUACACUCGGUUUGUGCGACGGUUUCUUUGACUUCUCUCAGGUAUGCACAAAGUUUCCUGUUUUUCUUUCCUUUUUCAAAGCCUCUAAUGACGUUUCACGUCUUCCAAAGAGCCACAAAUGAAUUGGUCUCAGAAGCAGAAGCAGAAGCGCCACAAUCAGAAAAUAAAGCUACAUUUUCCUCCUUCAAACGUCAAGUGAAUUUAGUCAGUUCCUCUUUAAGGAAUCAGCAGAACAAAUCGACUUCCUCCAAAGACAAAUAAACUCCUUUCAUUUCAGGUUUAUUUGGAUUCUAGCUGAUUAGCUUUUUAUUGUUUUCAUCAAUUUGAGCCGCUCUGCAGAGGAACUUUAAACUAUAUAAAUAUAAUCUAUUAGCUCUAAAAUGUACAACACCGUAUUAAGGUAGAUUAAAAAAACUAAUAAUAAUAAAGGUUUUGCCAAAAAACUGAGAUAAAGCUUGAAUUUUCUAGCAGAAACGAUUAUAUUUCUGAGCGUGAAAAGUUUAAAAUUUGCGAAGAAAAACUGAAAUUUUAAGAUUAAUCUCUAUUUUUAAGGGGAAAAAUUCUCGGCUUGCAAAGUCAAAAUUUUGUUAAUUUCUGAGUUUCCAAGAUUUGGGUGUUUUCUGGAAUUUAAUCUAAAUUCUGAUGUUUUUUUGCUUUUAUUUUUUACACUUCUUCUGAGAUUAAAAUCAGGAUUCCAGCUUUAAAUACACAAAUCAAUAUUUUCUCAAAAUUUUGACUUUUUGUUUUCUGAUUCUGACUUUACUUUUCUGAUAUUUAAGUCAGAAUUCAAACUUUAAUCUCAUAAAUCUGAUUUUUCUGUUGUCAGUAUUCACUUUUUCUCAGAAUUCUGACGUAUUUCUUCUGAAAUUGAUUUAAUAUUAGAGUCUAAUAAUAAUGUAAUGAUACACAAAUUUAAUCCACCACUGAUGCAGAACAGGCUCCACUGUGCAGAAGUUUUAAUCUGCUCUACAUUUCUUCAUAAAUUUGCUUCCAAGUAGCAAAUUAUUUUAACAACUAUUGUCUUAGUUUAUUGUUUCUUUGAGCUUCGGCAGAUUACUUUACAUCCUGACUGGAUGGAGUUUCCCACAAAGUGCCCAGUUUCUGCUCAUAUGUCGGUAUUUUUGACACCUCUAUUCGCUUCACGUUGGACAAACUUCGCUUCUUUUUGAGACGUUUUGAGAUUCGGAUAAUCGUCCCGCGUCUCCUCCGCUUGGUUGGUCUCUCUUAAUGAGCGUCAUGCAUCUUGUAAAUGAGCGGAUGCGUCUCCCAGAUGCUGCGCGGUGAAUUAUUUCCUCCUCGGUGCGUUCAUGCCGGUUGGACAGAAGCAUUCAGACCUUCUCCUGGAAAAACAAACCUUUUUUAAAAACGAAAACAAAUUUUUUUUCCCCCCUCCGUUUCAUUUUCUAAUAAAGGAAAAAUGAAGCUUUUGACUCUUAAAUCUGCUUAUGCUGCUGCAGAGAAAUUCAUUUAAUAGUUUUUGAGUCUGUAAAUGACUUUUGAUCAAUUUUAAUGAGUUUUAAAUACAAACUGAACCAGUGGCAGAGCAGGGUACGAUGACUGAAGUAUCAGCAUGACGGUGGUCGUUUAUUUGUUUUCGAUGAAUGUUCCCUUACUGGACGGUUGUUAAAGACUUUAUUUGUAGUAUCUACUAACACAGAUGUGCGUACUACUGAAUUAUUCCGUUUUUUUAAACGGUAACUGAAGCGGAUGUAAACCAAAGCGUGUUGUUGACGCGGUACAGAAUGUUUUCAGCACUUUUACCCCCUGAAGAAUCAUUAAAAACAUUCAGAUUAAGUGAAAUAACUAAUGAUAGGAUUCAUCGUAGUUACUGUAAAAACAGAUUCUUGUGUUGGGUUGGAGAUCAGACAGUGGAAAUGAUUGUUUUUGUUUUAUUUUUGCUUGAUUUGUACGCUUAAACUCUCUGAGGUGUUUGGAGUCUUGUCAAUGCAGAUAUGCAAUCAGGUGGAGACGCCGGUCGUUUACAGACCCGCUGGAGCAGAGCGGGAAUUUACUGCUGUAAAUAAAAAUUAAAGGAGGGGAGAGGCCGAUUGAUGUUACAGUGAACUAUUACAGGGCAUCGCAGAAACUGAAAAAAAGAGGAGCAAAUUUCUGCAAAAGAAAACACAAGAGUUUUCCAGAAAGAGUUUGAAAAGUCAGGAAUUUGCUGGAAUAAACUUAGAAAUACUUUAGAAAAAACUCAGAAAUUUUGAGAACAAUCUCUAGAAAAAAAUGGAAAAUUGUGAGUUUAAAAGUUGAAUUUUUUUUUAAAUUUUUUUAAAGUACAUCCUGAGGUUAAUUUGACUUUUUUCAGUUUAAAGAGUCAAACAAACUCUAGAAAGAACUUAUAAAUUUUGAUAUCGAUCUAAUUUUCUGAAUUUGAAAAUUUGUUUGCUAGAAUAAAUUCAGAAAUAUUUAAUUUUCUAGAAACAACCCAGGAGUUUGACGUCAAUUUGGUAGAAAAACUCAAACUUCAAAAUUAAUCGGAGAAAUUCUCUAGAAGAAUCUUUUUAGAGAAAUCAUGGAAAUUUCUGAGUUUCAACUCAAAAGUUUUUUUUUCUUGAAAAUAUGUGAAAUUAAUUUAAAAUGUUCAGUUUUUUCCUCAACUUUUUGAACUCAGAAAAUAUCCAUAUUUUUUAUUUUUAUUUUUUUAAAUUUCAAAUUAAUUAAUUAUUUUUUAACCUUUGAAACUCAUAGAUUUCCUUUUUUGUUUUUCUAGAAAAUUAAGUUUUUUGCAGAAAUUUCCUUCCUUUAUUUUUCUUUCCCUAAUGUGCCGUUGCAGAGUCAGGAUUAUCAUGAAACUCACUCCGUAAAUCUGUUCUUAAAGACCUUUGAUGAAUCUGGACUCGUAGCAAACUGAAUGUAUCCGUCAUUUCUGUUUUUUAAGAACAUCUGGACUCAGUCGCUCUGCUGUGUGGAAACCCAGCUCCAUAUCUGUUCUUAACCUGGGUUCUUCCUCCCGUUUUUUGUAAAAACUGUUGACUGAUGAUUCUUUUGCUAUCUUUGUUACUGCUCUUUGUCUCCCGGGGGUUUAUAUUGAUUGAUGUGUGAGCUUUAGCAUGAAAUAAAUCGCUAUAUUUAAAGCCGUGUGGUCAGAAUGUCACUGCAGCUCCGUGAAUUGGCCAACAGAGGGCGCCACAUGGCAGCAGUUGGCAGAGACGGCGCUGCACAGGGAACUGAUCCUGGAUCUGAUCGUCUCCAGCAAAAUUAAACCGAGGUAAAAACUUUUUUUCUAUCUUCUGAACAAAUAAAUCUGCUAGUGGGUCAAAUAUAGAGAAAAUGAUCAGGAAAAACCCAGGAUGAAAAGUAAACACACCCUUAAACUAACAGUUUUAAAUUUUGACGGGGAAUAAAGGUUAAAGCUAGGAUUAUAUUCUUUAGCCAAAGUUUGGACACGUGAAUCAAAAUCAGUUUAAUUGACCAAGAUUGUGUCCAUUAACAUUCUUAUAUUGUAGUAUAAUACAUAUACGCUUUUUAUGCAAUAAAAUAAGAAUAAAGGGACGACAUGUUUUUGCUGUAGUUUCUUUUAAAUCUAAAUCUUCUAAUUGUUUUUGUUGUAAAUAUCCAUUUUAUUCUUUGUUUUUCAGGACUGAAUAGAAGUCAGGAACGUAACACAUUGUAACCCAGAUUAGAUUUAAUCCAUGUUCCAGUGAUCAAAGGCAAUUCUAACCACAUGGUUUUUAGUCUGGAUUUAGAGGAACUCUGGAAGUUUGUUCCAGGUUCGUGGUGCAUAGAAGCCAAAUGCUGCUGCUCCAGGUUUGGUUCUGAGGAUGUAGAACCAGAACCAGAAGACCUGAGAGGUUCUGGAAGGUUUGUGUUGAAUCUGAGUUUGACUCUGAGUAGAUAAAGACCAAUAUGAUUCUUUCAUAACGCUCCAAGCUGAAGCUGAACACAGGUAAGAUACUGACUGGUGAUUACUCCGGAGACGUACGGAGGAUUAGGGCCAUAAAAGAAAUAAAAUUAUGAGAAUAAAUUCAAAAUAAACCCCCC